AGCCCAUCGGUCUGCGCGCGGAGCCCUUCGGCGGAGGACAGCAACGCCUUCGACUCUGCGAAGCCAUCAUGUCAGCACGCGAAACGUGCGCGUGGACUUAUUAUUGACGUCGGCUCGGGCCUCUCCCUCAAUGUUGCCCGACUGGUGAUGACUCUCAAUCUGCUCACCACACAGUCCUUCACGAAGGGACCUCUUCCUCUUUUGUUGUUCGGACUUGGGAUCACAGGCAUGAGAUAAUAAAGUCAAGCAGCUGCAACAAACGACACCCACGGCGCUCUUGAGGCCGCCACUGGACUCCCUCCCACCUCAUUCCCUCCUGCCCUACUGCAUUAUAGCCCCUCAGUAGCCCUCAUCAUGACCACGCCGACCCUUUUACCGCUCUCUGGGCGUCGUAUACCAACGCUGUCGCCCGGCGCCUCCUCCUUCUCGCACCACCGCGCCACCUUGAGGCUCUCUGAGAAAUUCAUCCUGCUGCUCAUCCUCAGUGCCUUCAUCACCCUGUGCUUCGGGGCCUUCUUUUUCCUGCCUGACAACUCCAAGCACAAGCGCUUUGACCUGGGCUUGGAGGAUGUGCUCAUCCCGCACAUUGACUCGCCCAAAGAGGGCAAGCAUGCUUCGGGACAGGUGAUCAUACACGGUCAGGGAGGACAUGACGAGCACAGACACAGGGAGGACGAGGAGAGCCUCCGGAACAAGAUUCGUGCCGACCAUGAGCGGGCCCUGCAGGAGGCCAAGGAAAAGCUGCGGAAAUCACGUGAGGAGCUGGAGACUGAGAUCCAGACAGAGAAGAGCAAGGUGGUGGAGGACCUGAAGAAAAAGGCUGCAGGUCCAAAGCCCUUGCCACCUGUGCCCAUGCCCAAGGUGGUGGGUGUUGGCAACGGCGAGCCUCUCGAGCCCGAGGUCAAAGAGAAACGGAACAAGAUUCGAGAGAUGAUGAAGCAUGCGUGGGACAGCUACCGUCAAUAUGGCUGGGGUCAUAACGAGCUCAAGCCCCUUGCCAAGAAAGGACAUUCUACAAAUAUCUUUGGUAAUUCUCAGCUCGGAGCAUCCAUCGUGGACGCCUUGGACACGCUGUACAUCAUGGGCAUGCACGAAGAGUUCAAGGAUGGGCAGGAGUGGAUUGAGCAGAAUCUGGACUUCAGUGUGAAUGCUGAGGUGUCAGUAUUUGAGGUCAACAUCCGCUUCAUCGGAGGCCUGCUGGCAGCCUACUACCUGUCUGGACAAGAGAUGUUCAAGUUAAAGGCGGUGCAGCUUGCAGAGAAGCUGCUCCCUGCCUUCAACACCCCCACAGGGAUCCCAUGGGCCAUGGUCAAUCUGAAGAGUGGUGUUGGUCGUAAUUGGGGUUGGGCAUCGGCUGGCAGCAGCAUCUUAGCAGAAUUCGGAACGCUGCACAUGGAGUUUGUUCACCUCACGUACCUGACGGGAAACCCAGUGUACUACCAGAAGGUAAUGCACAUCCGAAAGCUACUAGCCAAAAUGGAUCGACCAAACGGGCUCUACCCAAACUACUUGAAUCCUCGUACAGGUCGCUGGGGCCAACAUCACACCUCGGUUGGCGGGCUGGGGGACAGCUUUUACGAGUACCUUCUGAAGGCAUGGCUCAUGUCAGACAAAACGGACACAGAAGCACGCAAAACGUACGACGACGCCAUUGAGGCAAUUGAGCGACACCUGAUCCGCAAGUCCAACGGUGGCCUGACGUUCAUUGGUGAGUGGAAGAACGGCCACCUGGAGAGGAAGAUGGGCCACCUGGCGUGCUUUGCCGGCGGCAUGUUCGCACUGGGUGCAGACGGCUCCCCUGACGACAAGGCGGGGCACUGGCUGCAGCUGGGCGCAGAGAUCGCGCACACCUGCCAUGAAUCCUACGAUAGGACAGUGGUGAAGCUGGGCCCAGAGGCCUUCAAGUUCGAUAGCGGCCUCGAGGCAGUGGCCGUUCGGCAGAACGAGAAGUACUACAUCCUGCGCCCCGAGGUCAUCGAGACCUACUGGUACAUGUGGAGGUUCACCCACGACCCCAAGUAUCGCCAGUGGGGCUGGGAAGCAGCACAGGCCAUCGAUAAGUACUGCAAGGUGAGCGGAGGCUUCUCUGGUGUGAAGGACGUCUACUCAUCGAACCCGACCUACGACGACGUGCAGCAGAGCUUCUUUCUGGCCGAGACGCUCAAGUACCUGUACCUGCUGUUCUCCAGCGACGACCUGAUGCCAUUGGAAAGUUGGGUCUUCAACACGGAGGCCCACCCGCUUCCUGUGCUCCACUUGGGUAACGUCACCCUGCCGGGCAGCGAGCCGGCGAGGCAAUGAGGGGGUUGACCGCCCGCCUGCCCGACACUCCCACCAACAAACACUGGACUGACUUUUAUCAUUUUCUUCAGAUGUGGACCGUAUCGGAGCAGCUGAGAACUCCCUGAGAACGCUGGUGCUCCAGAGUGGACCAUUUAGUUGUUCGUCCAAACUCUUUAUCUUUCUCUCUUUCAUAGGGACGCACCAUUUGAAUUGAAACUCUCGUUUUCAUGCCACGAUCUUGGCAGCCAUCUUCUUUUUUGGGCAGGUGUGGAUCCUUCAUAGUGGACAACAGACUGGCUUCAUCAUCAGUCCAGCUCAAAAUGUCACCCUGCCAAACAAAAAAACUUUAUAAUUGGAUGCUGCUUUUUUGACUCUUCCCACUGUAUUUUUGUUUUGUUUUGUUUGUUUUUUUAAAAUUGGGUUCUCCUGUCCUCUUUUACCAUGUCGUGUGCUUCAUCUGCAGUUUCCACUAACACAAAACCGCCGAAGCGCGUAAUCAGUCGCACGAUCAUCUGACGCAUUGGCCGCUGCCUUCAUCCACCGUCUCUACCCUCCUGUCACCUCCUGCCUUUUUAUUCAUCAGCUUCAGGCUAUCGUCAGCGUUCUGAAAUGAAGUAAAUCUAAUUUUGUCCCGCAGUCUGCUUUUCCUGAAUUUUGUGUUAAAUUGUUCAAGUUGGCUAUAUCCGUCAUUCUUGAAAUUUAAAUUAUUAUUUUUUUUUUCCCUUCAAACUUGUCAAAGAAUUCUACUGCUUGUCUGGUAUGCACAGUAAGUGACGGCUGCAACCAAAUUUGACCACGCGCAUCAUUUUAAUAGCAACACAAACAACUUCCUGAUUGAGAUGAAGUCUUUGCGGCGACGUCGUUCAACUGCUUUGCCAAUUGAUCGAUCACUGUCAUCGUUUUUCACUUUUCUUAAUUUGUCAAGAAAUUCUAUCGCUCCUCUUUAGUAACUUGUAAAUUGUCUUGGCAAAAACUUUCUUGAAGGUGAAUUUGAAAAUCGAUCAGGAAAAACCAGGACUGGAUUUGUCGAGUGCGAAUGAUUGUCAAUCAAACUCAGUGAUGGUCGUAUGCAAAUUAGUCCUGAAUUGCACUUAACCACGGCUUAAAUUUUUGCUGUUUAUUUGAGUUAUUUUGAUUUAUUAAGCAAGCCUUUUCGUCUUAACGUGACGCAUUUGUGCCAUUACCGUGCUUCUUUUUUUUUUUUUUUUUUUUUUUUUUUUUUUUUUACGUUCAGACAUUGUGAACUUUUUUUGUUUUUUUUUUUGCUUGAAAAGUUUAAAACUGUGAAGUGAAACAGAUUGACGCCAGACUGAAAUGACGAACUUGUUACGAUUAAAAUACUAAUGGAAUCUUGUGAAUGUGAGUUUUUAAUGCAGACUGACUCGAGCCGUCUUGUGACUGUAAAAAACUAAACAAAGAAAAUGGCCGCAUAUUGUUGCUUUUCAAUGAAAAGCAUGUAUCCCCAGGUGUUUUUUGUUUUUAUCCGUAAAAAAAUGACCUUUCGUAGUGUUUCCGAUGAAAGGAAUACAUUUGGGGGAGAAAUGUGGUUUCCAUUAAACUGACGCCAUUUUUAUUGGCGAUCUGUGUGCGCAAAUGUAAAAUUGAGUUUUUUUUUUUUGUUAAAUUAUUAUUAUUUAAAGUUGGUCAAAGAAAAUCCACAAUUUCUUAAUUUUUGGUAAGGGCAUCAAUUUUGGCCAGAUGAUAUGCGUACACGUUGAUGACUUUACCAUUUUCAUUCCGUCACUUGUUCAUCGUCACUUUCGGAAUUCCGUCAACCGUGUGGCCGCCGCAACAGCCAAUGAGUGACUGAUCUCUAUUUGUAUUUUUACUUCACUACAAAAAGAUAUGUGUAAAUAUGUUUCAAAGUCCGACACAAAUUCAAUAAAGGUGUUGCUACAAGUGACGAGGAA